UAUGGUCACCAGCGGAGCUUCUUUAACUUGCCUGAAGAAUUUGCUGGCAACUUAGCCAGGUUUAUUCGACCAGAACAAAUUCAAGCAGAGUCAAUUCAACAAACGCUGGCUAAUAUCGUAAAAGGAGGAUUUGUCCCUAGCUAGCCGUCCGUUGCAGUAGAGAGUAAGUUAGAGGUGCCUGAGAUUUAACGUUCCUAAAGCGCUAACUAGCUAAGGCUAAUACAAACAGGUUAAAUUCUGAAAGGUGGACGAGAAACAAUGCAAGCUGGUUUAAACAUUAGCUAGUGGGCUAUGGUCUCAUACGAAACCACGUUUGAAGAAAGACUUUCUGCUGCUUGUCUGUGGCUGUGGAGCUCAGGCUGCGAGAGUUGAGAUCAGAAAAAGCAGGAUGGUGAAACAUGGAGCUCGUCACAGCUCCUCGUCUCACUCCUCCAAACAUGCCUCACACAUCUCCAGCUUCAAAGAGCUCUCCCUGUUGGAGCGAGACAGGGAGCCUCCAUCACCUCCAGUCCUGAGGCCCGACCUCCCUUCCGUCCAGCCACAGUCUGAACCGUCUGACCUGGGGGAUGGUCCAAGCCGCCUCCCUGACCACGUCUACCUCCACGCAGCUGCCAUCUUCCAGAACACACACCAGGAAAAGGCUGUAGCCCAUCGGCUCAUCAGCUAUGGGAAGUCAGGGGUCACUGUGCCGGAGGUCAAGGACGAGGUGUUGCAGCGGUUGGCCUACAAGCUGGCCUUCAACACGCUCAAGUAUCAAGAGCUAUUGGAGGACAUCAUGAUUGACAGCUGCUUCUAUGUGUCCCAGCCAGUGCCAGAGUAUUUGAUGAGUUUGGUGGCUGUAAUGCUGUAUGACUUCCAGGACAGGAAGUUCCUCCCCCGUGAGCGACUGGCCAAUCAGACAGAGCAGGAAAUCGAGCCAGCAGUUCAAGAAGUGGAAAAAUGCCUGCUCAGGUUCAAGACGAAGCUGGCGGCCUCAUUAGCGCGCUGCAGGAUCAAACACGACCUGCUGACCAUUGACUGCAUCUUGCCGGAGAGUAUUCGACAGAGACAGGAGAGAGCCUCCAACCUGCCUUUAUAUGCCUGGGUUAACAUGCUGAGAACCAGUAUGGAUGAGGUAUGUGAUCUGUUAAGGUCAGUGGGUUUCUCUCAUGUGAAUUCCGUGGGUCAGCUGGAUGGACAGACGUUUUGUCAGGAUGUUCACUGCCUGGACCUGCUGGUGUUUCCAGCGAGUGUGAGAGGAGAGCUGUAUAAAACCAGCCUGCUGUCAGACCACAGACUGAUCAUACAGGAUAAGUCGUGCUGCGUGGGGCCCUGGGCGCUGCGGCCCCUGCUGGAUCAAGACGGAGACGUUCUAAUGGCUGGAUCCUUCUCUGCUUCUACGAUUGCUCACACUUCUGCCAUCAUUGCCGCCGCCACUGCAAACAUGCACACGCACACCUUUUCCAACUCGCUCAAAAAAACACACGGCACUGCUCAAGUGCUUGUGUGUACGGGGGAGCGCUCGUGUGCUGAGAAAGAGGAACUGCAGGAGGUCCUCUCCAGCAUGGGCUGCAACAAUGUGAAGCUGCUUCCUGAAGCUUUUCAUGCUGUGGACGUGUCUGAUUCCCGUCUACAGAAGGUCUUGCUCGUCUCGCUGACUCCACAGUGUUCCCUCUCAGCGGUCUCAAACCCUGUAGACUACCUACUGCAAGAGAACGGAGACACUGAGCUACUGCAGGAUCUAUCUCAAGGCUCCAUCUCCCAGUCCAGGCUGAACACACUCAUCUCCCAACAGAAGAGGGACCUCCAACACGCCCUCCACUUUCCUAAGGUGCAGGCUGUGGUGUACUCCACCUGUUCAUCCCUCUUAGAGGAGAAUGAGGAGGUGGUAAAGAAAGCUCUCUCACUCAGAGAGCAAGACGGUUCCAGACUACAACCCUUCAGGCUCAGCUGCCCGUCUCUGCUGCAGAACAUCGUGUCUGAGGAAGACAAGGGCAAAGGAGAGAAGGCCAGCUUCUUCAGGCUGGAAGCAUCCAAUCAGAGUAAUGGCUGUUUCUUAGCUGUACUGGCCCGUCAGCCUGAGCCCGAAGUGACAGAGACCCCGCAGGAGGUUCUUGCUCGUGCUGCAGCCACCGGCUUGCUGGAUGGAAUCCAGCCAAGCCAGCCGACCAGGAAGGAGGGACGUGGCCGGCAGACCCGCAAAGGAACCACGAGUCAGGGACGCCCUGCACGUACACGUUCACGCACCUCACUCAGCAGCCAAUCAAGGCUGGAGGAGUUUUUGAAUCAUGAAACAAAAGCAAGCAGCUCAGCUCUGACACUGGCACUGGAGAGGACAAACGGAGUGUGCUCACCACGAGGAAAAGCCAAACCCAAGUCCAUCAACUUCAACCUAGGCUCCGCCUCCUGUCCUGUCUUGAUGUCCAGCUCCACCCUGACCUCCAGCCCUGCCAUGAUGUCUAGCUCUACCCUGACCUCCUGCUCCACCCUGACCUUAAGUUCGACCCUGGUCUCCAGCUCUACCCUGACAUCUAGCCCUGCCUUGAGCUCCAGCUCUAACCUGACCUCCAGCUCCAUCUUGAAUUCCAGCUCAUCAUGUAAAAGCCUGGCCCGGGCGUACGUUAGCGCAGCCUCCACUAAUACCCGACGAGCUCCUGCCCCUGUAGUGCCACCCCCCGGGCCACCCAAGGGCAGGCAGGAAGUGCUGCACCCUGCAGCACUCAUGUUUCCCCCUGUGCUGUUCCCAGGACUUUCCCCUCCCUCUGUGCAAAAGAGCAAGAGAACCCCUCAUCUCAGACUCAACCCCACGCUGUCCUACCUGCAGUGGAAAAACCCCCCUGCUGCGGCUCCCCUACCACACACAUACUCCAGCAGCAUCAGACACCCCCGCCCGUGGCUCUGACAAGCACUCUAAAAAGAAAUGCAGCAUCAUACAGUACUGUGCAAAUCAGAAGCCACCCUUAAUUUAAGCAAUUUCCAGUCAAAACAGCCAUUAAGUACUUUGUUUUUCAUUUUUCAGUAACAGAAAAUAUAUAUUUAACUGAAAACUGCACAGAAUCCUCCACAACUAAAUAUAAUAUGUGUUCACCUUUUGCUGCCAUUCUUUUUGGGAGACUUGCUUUGAGUUUUUUGAAGAAAAAAGAAAAAAAGCUGCAGGGAUAUUUUUCCAAAGUUCAGUUUUAGAAGCUGGUUAUAUUUUCUGCCUCUGACAGUCUUUUAUUGAUAGCUACAUGUAAGCUACACAUCCUUUCAGACUCAGAGGGCUGAGUUGUCUCCUCACAGUGGAAGGAUGGACAGAAACAGCUGUUGACCUUUUCAGUUCUAAAGCAGUGUGGAGCUUCUCCUCUCUCUCAAAGACGAAAGCUUUGAGUACUGUAUAUUUAAUGGUGACAGUUUCCCUUUUAAUCACUUUUGAACUUCUGCAAGUGGAUCAAGUCUAAUUUCCUUAGAAAUAUCUCCUGAAAAUUGAAUAAGUUGUACUUAAUGGCCAUUUUGGCUGGGAAUAAAAUUAAUUAGGGAUGGUCCCUGACUUUGGCACAGCACUGUACAUAGAGCUGAGCUCAUGCUUAUGAAUAUGACUGUAAUGUAGAAGUUCUGAGCUUUAGAUUCUGCAUCUCCUGCUGUUUCUCUAAGACAUACACAUUCACACGAGUGCACAGAUACACCAACAAAAGCAGUUUCGUACUCGCUCAUGUAUUGUCACACACAAAGCUAAAGACAUUCAGAAAUAAGUAUUAUUUAACUUCUCACUUUCUUAUUGUGCAUUAAUGCAUGGCAUAGAAUAGUGCCAAAAGCUGCUGGAAUUUUUUAGAACCCUUGUCUGCUUAUGUGCCCUGUGAUUUUUGUAAAGCAAAUAUUAAUAUGAAUCUGUUUCAUUCUCUGCAUGAAUCUGUAUUUGUCUGUUGUCCGCAGCUUAUAUUGCCAAAAGCUUAAUUAAACUUUUGUGAGUUCUGAAUAGACCUGUCCAAGGUGUAUCUGGCCUUCCGCCUGAUGACCGCUGGGAUCGGCUCCAGCACCCCCACCCCCACGACCCUGAGGGAGAAGCGGCUUACAAAAUGUGUGUGUGUGUGUGUGUGUGUUUGUGAGUUCUGACUAUGCCCUUCAAUUUAUAGACGUAGUAUGAGAAGAGAAUGCAUGAUUGUAGGAGAGUGAGAGCUUGGGCUGCAGCUCUGGCCGGCUUCUGAAUUAAAGUGGAAUUCCACAGAUAAAAUCACUAAGAUGUAAAGUCAUUCAAAGGGAAUGUGAAAUGGUUCAUUGUAGAAAACGUAUUGACUCAGAUUUUACUGUCUAUAUGUGCUGUUGAUGAUCUGAAAAAAAGCUUGCUCUAAAACACCCUGCAUGUUCUUCUCUGCCAUACGCCUUUUAUGAAGUGCAUAUGUAAACAUAUAAUAUACACUCUUACAAAAGAUGGUUCUUGAACGCUUCUUUAGGAAAUUGAAUGGUUGUAUAUAGAACCAUGAACACUCUAAAGAA